AUGUCCAUGUUCAUGACACAACCGGCCUACGCCUACCAGGCUGCUCCCCCACCUCCCAGGCAAUACUCAGGAACAAGCAGUGCCUUCAGUGCUUCUGCCAACCCUGAUGAGGACUGGACCAAGAUCUCAGAUCUUGCUGAGCGCCGAAGAAUUCAGAACCGCAUUGCUCAGCGCAACUACCGCAAGAAGCUUAAGCGCCGUCUUGAAGACCUUGAGCGCCGAGCUGGUUCUUCUGACGAUGCCGAGUCCGACAAGCAGCUCCAGAAGCCUACCAAGUCGAAACGAUCCCCCUCCGCUCCCAAGCCUCAAAAGUCGCAGUCAACAGCUCCCAGCAAGUCUGUUGCCUCACAGGGCCAGUUCACUCCUCCCAUGGAGCCUGCUGAUGAGCUCUUCUUCAACAACUCUUACGACGACCGAGCCCGCUCAGACAGCCCUCCUCAAUUCACUUACUCGACUUAUCCCGCUCCCGACGAGAUCCUCCUUCAUCCCUACGGCUCCGCGCAGCACUACCCAGCCAUCACAACCGCUGAUGCCUACCCCAACUACAUGACAGCGUCCACAGUGCCCAUGACACUCCCUUCCAUGACACAUUUCAGCGAUGCCAUCAAGCGAGAGCCAACAUACUCUAGCGACGAAGGACUCGCUCCCUACAUGACAUACGGCUACAUGCCCCCGAUGGACUUCAACUCUGGUAGCCCAUACGAUCAGAACCCUCAUACUCCUCCGCUGUCGCAUUCUUUCGACCACUCGGCCAACUGCUCAGAGGCUGGCUACGACUACCCGACCACGCCUCUGUCAAUGCCUAGCUCGCCCAAUAUGAUUCAGCAUCAAUAA